CCCAGAAACAGCAAGAAUGCCCCCGCAGGUCACUGUUCAGUCACAACAUAACACAGUGUCCCACUUGCUUUUUCUCAGCAGCGGUUCCAGUGUUAAAGUUUGGCUGUAGGACCCAAGAGGGUUGAGAUUGCAGUGUUGAACUGGGUACAGAAUCCUAACUCUUCUACCUGGGGCCUGCAGAAGCUGGGCCAGGACCCCACUGUGCCCCAUGUACCCCAGGCCUUCCCUUCUUUGAUGUCUUGGCUUCUUGGGACAUGCUGUGUUGUGUUAUUCAUCUCUUUCCCAAGUGCUUUUCCCAGACUUGCCUUGUCCCUGUCUCUCUUUGAAAUGCACCUCGUAGUGAGUGACCUUUCCAGGACUGUUAGCCCUCCGCUCAGCCUCUUGCUAGGGGAAUUUAAUCUGCUGGCGCUGCAGUUGUUUCUGUGCCUUUUAUUAGACACACUUUCUCACUAGGCACCCUACGACCUUUAAAUUCAACUGAGCUAUCGUACGGAAAGUAGCCAGCAUCGGCUUCCUCUAAUGAGGAACUUUACUGAGGUUGGAGGGAGGAUAAAGGAAGUCCAGCGUGUUCCUGCAGGGCUGGCACAACUUCUAGUUCCCUUUGUCUUGAAGUGCUUCAGGAGUCCCAGCUCAAGUGUUUGGACGAGGUGCAUAUAGGAGAGAGGGUCUCUGAGCUCUCCUCCCUUGUCACAUUGCAGUCUCUCCCCUUGGCUUGCUAAACUCUUGCCAGCACCUGCCUGGAGCUGCAGCUGGAUCCAGAAUUGUGUUUUGGACUUGCAUUUAGCCGUUAGCUCCGCUGCUGUGGAAGUGCUUUGUGCAUCUCUCUGCCUGUGGGUUUCUUUGACACUCUGUGCUGCUGGCAGUGCCCGAGCCCCUGCAGGCUCUCCCAGCAUUUGCUGAAGGUCCCAAGUCUCACCUGGGGCUGACCAGCGCACAAGUCUCUUGCUUUUAGACCCCCCCUGCCUUGCACUAGUGCUGGAGUUCAUGAGCUAUAAAAAGUCUUCCCUUUGCCAUUUGGAGUUAUGUUCUGCAGCCUCAGCACAUCCAGGCACUGCAGGACUCUGCAGCCUCGGGGAGCUGCUGCUGUGCAGCGGCCUGGGGAAAAGAACGAGGUGGGGGGGUGACUUGCAGCCUCAGUGCUUGACAGAGCCCGCAGAGCAGAGCAGUGCUGUGACAGCAGUAUUCAAAUGCUAGCAAGGAGCUCUGGGAGGAGAGCACCGCUCGGUGCCAACAGCUGCCCUAGUGCUUUUGGAGGAGAUGGCCUCCUAAAAUCCUCUUGAAGGAGGAUCUCCGGCUGUGAGCACAGGCUGGGCUCUCAGGAAGGGUGCCGAGGCCUCCGAACGCCUCAGUGCCGGAGCGGGACUUGCGCGGCCUUCGCUCCAUCCCGUGUGCAGCUGAAGACAAAUCCCCUCAGGGCUGCUGGCGCCUCAACCUCCCGCAGGGCAGCCUGUGCUGCGUGCCUCAAGGCGGAAAGGGCCCAGCUGAGAAAAAUCAGUAUCAAGGGAGGUGCUGAGGACAGCGGGCCCCUGGGGAAGGUGCCUGCAGAGGCGGGGGGCAGCAGCCCGGGGCUGCCGUGGCCCGGGAGGCUGCGGUGGGCGCCGAGCGCCUGACGCGACGCCUGAGGUGAAAGAGCGACGGCGCCGCCCCCCCCGCCGCGAGGGGGCGCCGCAGUUCCCGCCUUGAACUUCCCGCCUCUGCGGACUACACAUCCCAGCAAGCAGCGCGGCGGUGCCCGCCCCCAGCUCCCACGUGACGCGGGGAGGGCGGGGCGCUAGGCGGAAGCGCACCGCAGCGGAACGGCGUGCCGGUGGUACCGGAGCCCGGCGGCGCAGGCUCAACCAUGGUAUCCGGCAAGCAGUUAGCCGACUUCGGCUACAAGGCCUUCUCCGGUUCCAUGAUGCUGCUGACGGUCUACGGCGGGUACCUGUGCGGCGUCCGCGCCUACCGACUCCUCCAGCGCCGCCGGGAACGGCAGGCCGUGACCGGCUCCGAGAACUGAGGGCGGCCUGGGACCCGGCCCCGCGUUUCCCGGCUCGGCUCCCAGGGCCUCCGCAGGCCGGGAGGGGGGAUGGAGCCCAAUAAAAGCCCUGUGAAAACACCCAAA